GGAAGUGAAACUAUCGCAACACGGAAGUGUAGGAAAGAAAACAAAUAAUCGUUCUAAUUUGUCUCGACUCGGAGUCGGAGAAGACGCUUUAAACAUCUUUACGGAUCACCGCCAUCAAACGACCAGAUGGACAAACUGUUUGGGAGAAGGAAGACUCCGGAGGAGAUGCUGAGGCAGAAUCAGAGGGCGCUCAACCGAGCCAUGAGAGAACUGGACCGAGAGCGUCAGAAACUGGAGCAACAGGAGAAGAAGAUCAUCGCUGACAUAAAGAAACUGGCCAAACAAGGACAAAUGGACGCCGUCAAGAUCAUGGCGAAAGACUUAGUUCGCACGCGGCGCUACGUCAAGAAGUUCAUCAUGAUGAGAGCCAACAUUCAGGCUGUCAGUCUAAAGAUACAGACGCUCAAGUCCAACAACAGCAUGGCACAGGCGAUGAAAGGCGUCACCAAAGCCAUGGCCACCAUGAACAAACAGCUGAAACUGCCUCAGAUUCAGAAGAUCAUGAUGGAAUUUGAAAAACAGAGUGAAAUCAUGGACAUGAAGGAGGAGAUGAUGAACGACGCUAUUGACGACGCCAUGGGUGAUGAGGAUGAUGAGGAGGAGAGUGACGCCAUCGUGUCCCAAGUUCUGGAUGAGCUGGGUCUCAAUCUGUCUGAUCAGCUGUCAGAUCUCCCAAGCACCGGAGGAAGCUUGUCGGUGGCCGGAGGAAAGAAAGCCGAGCCCCAAGCCGCCCUGGCCGACGCUGACGCCGAUCUGGAGGAGCGGCUGAAUAACCUCAGGAGAACUUAAACCUACAGCAAAGUGUCAGACACUGUGUUAAUACAGAUACUCCAAUCUCUGUGUUUAGAGUCUUCUGAAGGUAUAACUGGCAGAACACCUGCCGACUCAGCUGUGUCAUGAAGGUGUGUGGCUUUCAGUUUGAGCUGUUUUCAUUUUAUGCGUGUAUUAUGUAUUUUAUCAAAAGACAAAAAGUAAAAGUCUACAAGGGUCAUUAUCCUUCAUAGGUCUCUCAUGUAAGAAAAUGCCGCGUGACACAUUGUCUGAAAGUGAAAAUGUAUUUCGCAGUCUGUGUGUGAAUACUAACUCCUCGACGCACCUCAUUUCCCACCUUAAAUUAACACUACAAUGGAACCAAAUGAAAGACGGUAACAUGGCAGAUAUUUUAUGUCAGCACUUUUUGUACAUGAAGCUGGUUUAGCGUUCUUUAUCUUCAUCAUCAUCAUCAUAUAAAAUGUGCUGUUGUAGCUCUCUGCUGACUUUUGAUUAUGUUUAUCUGUGGGUGGUGACGGUCGUUGGGGUCCAGAUGAAGAUGUUUUAUCUCAACAUCAUAUCUGUCUGAAUUUACUAAUGGCACAGUUUAUUUUACACAAAUAUAAUAAAGGAUAGAGAGAGAGAGGUGUGUGCAGCUGACUCUUCUCCAGUGGAAAGGCUCUCCUGCCUGGUGACUGUGGUGGAGUGGUGUUUUUGAGAUGGGCAGGAUUUUCACCAAACUUUAGUAAGAGUCAGCGGCGUUUUGGUUUUUUCUUGAGAAACUUUACUGUUUUUGCUUUUCUUUGUUGAAUAAACAUUUUUUUCCAGAUUAAACUAA